CGUGAAAAAACAAAAGUGCAGUUCAACUGUUCCACUUCACGGAGGACGGGAGAAAAUGGCGCCACCGGCGGAUCUACGGUGCUGUGCAGUCUUAUCGGUGCUCAUCUUAUCUCUUCUCAUAUCACCGUCGUUCGCCAUUUACUGUGAUGAGGACGAUUGCUACGAUCUCUUAGGGGUUUCUCAAAAUGCUAACGCUUCGGAGAUCAAGAAAGCUUACUACAAGCUCUCAUUGAAAUAUCACCCGGAUAAGAACCCCGAUCCCGAAUCAAGAAAGCUGUUUGUGAAAAUUGCAAAUGCUUAUGAGAUUUUGAAAGAUGAAGCUACGAGGGAGCAGUAUGAUUAUGCAAUUGCUCACCCAGAGGAGGUAUUUUACAAUACAGCUCGUUACUAUCAUGCUUACUAUGGUCACAAAACGGAUCCUCGCGCUGUCCUUGUUGGUCUUCUUCUGGUUCUUUCAGCAUUUCAGUAUCUAAAUGGUUGGACAAGGUACAAUCAGGCUGUAGCCAUGGUCAAGAAGACACCGGCAUACAAAAAUAGACUGCGGGCAUUGGAACUUGAACGCAGCGGGGGAAUCACAAAUAAGAAGAAGACUAACAGGCAGAUGGAAAAGAAAACUGAGGAAGAUCUCAGCAAAGAACUUGAGCUGGAUAUCAAGGGGGCUGAAAAACCCUGUGUCUGGGAAUUGCUCGGUGUUCGUUUUGUGCUCCUUCCUUACACACUUGGCAAGCUGCUUUUCUGGUGUGGAUGUUGGUUCUGGAGAUAUAAGGUGAAACGAGUUUCAUAUUCUUGGGAUGAUGCAUCUUACCUAACAAGGAAAGCCCUUGGAGUGCCUCUUGAUGCAUGGAUGAACAUUGAUGAUUCAACCAAGGAGGAUCUCAUCCAAAGGCGUUUAUGGGUUAAGUCCAAUUUGGAGAGCUACGUAGCGGAAAUGCGUAAAGAGUACAAGCGCAGAAGAUAGCAUAGUUUACUUCUCUGCUGUUGCAACAAUGCUCAAUCUGUACUGACUCAAGAUCCUUCGGCAAAACUUGACAAAAAGAAAAUAGAUUGACUGUACUAAAAGAUGAAUAUUGUUCAUUUGAUAGGAUAGAUUGCAUUGAGCAAUAAAUCAUUCAGUUGCAAGUUGUAUCAAAUCAAUUUUCAUAAUGCAUCGAAAAGAGAUAGCCCUGAUAUUGCCAUAUAUUUGAGUAGAGUUUUAUCUAAUUAGUCUUUACCAUAACAAAAAGUUUGGGUUUAA